UAAAUUUGUCAAAUCGACCAUUCGUCAACUACCCACUCAUCCUCCCUUUCCCCGAAAUUGCUUGGGAAAAUCCUAUUAGCGGAAUUUCUGGGUCAAGCGAAUCUCUUUCCUUGGUAGCUCAGAACUUUUAACUCCACAGGCUUGGCUUAAAACUCAAUACAACAUAGCUAAUCUUCAAUUAAACCAAGGUGAAGGUUUAGCUUCAUCAAGCACUGAAAAGAAAAUUCUCCACAAUAUCCCAUUAAAAUGAGCCCUCCAAUUGUUCAAACCAUCUCAGAGUGCUUCAUCAAACCCCAAUAUCCAGUAGAAGAGGUAAAGCUUCCAAUCCACUUGGCCUCAUGGGACACAUUCAUGCUCUCAGCGAAUCACAUCCAAAAGGGUCUUCUGUUCAUUAAGCCUCAAACAACAACUGAUCAAGAAAAUCCAGUAAAAUCCCUCCUAAAUAGGCUCAAGGAUUCCCUCUCUCUCACCCUUGUUCAUUUCUGUCCCCUCACCGGUCGACUCGCGACCCUAAAACAAGAAAACCCGCCUUCUUACUCUGUGUGUAUCGAUUGCAACAAUAGUCCUGGAGCAAAAUUUAUCUAUGCAACUACGGAUUUAACUGUCGCUGAUAUUCUUUCGCCUGUUGAUGUUCCUGUAGUCGUCCAAUCCUUCUUCGAUCACGACAGAGCGAUUAAUCACGACGGGCAUUCGAUGUCGCUGCUGUCGAUUCAAGUCACAGAGUUAAUCGAUGGGAUUUUUAUCGGUUGCUCGGCCAACCACGCGGUUAUUGACGGAACAUCUUAUUGGCAUUUCUUCGAGAUUUUGUCGUUCAGUGCAGAGGAUAAUAAUCCUGGAAUUUCUCGACCCCCAUUUCUUAAACGCUGGUUCCCCAACGGGCACGGUCCUAUCCACAACCUGCCUUUCUCUCACCGUGAGCAGUUUAUUGGGAGAUUUGAAACGCCCCCGCUGAGAGAGAGAAUUUUCCAUUUCUCGUCGGGAUCCAUAGCCAAACUGAAAGCAAAGGCUAAUUCUGAAAGAAAAUCAACCAAGAUUUCCUCGUUCCAAUCUGUAUCCGCGCUUGUCUGGAGGUGCGUGGUCCGGGCCCGCCGUCUUGCACACGAUCCAGAAACCACUUGCACCAUGACUGCAAGUAGCCGAAGCAGAAUGGACCCGCCAUUGCCGAAUGAGUACUUCGGGAAUUUGGUGAGCAGAUUGACGGGAAAAGCCUCCGUUGGCGAACUGCUUGAUCACGGAUUGGGGUGGGCGGCGUGGCGAUUGCACGAGGCGGUGGAGGCCCACACCGGUAAGGCGGUGCAACAGUGGGUGGAGAAGUGGAUGGAGGAUCCAGCUUUAUACACGUGUGGGCAUAACCCGUAUGGGUUACUAUUGGCGGGCUCCCCGCGGUUUAGGAUGUACGAGAAUGAGUUUGGAAUGGGAAAAGCCGUAGCGAUUCGGAGCGGGUACGGGAAUAUGUUCGACGGGAAAGUGAUGUUUUACCCUGGGUAUGAAGGCGGGGAAAGCAUGGAUUUGGAGGUUAACCUCCCGCCAGAAACAAUGGCGGCGCUUGAAUCUGAUGGUGAGUUUAUGGAUGGCCUAUAUGGAUAUUGCUGAAGGAAAAUUAUCAACAUUUGUUCAUCGUUAUUGUAAAGGAGGACAAAUUUACUAGCAAUAGUCCAAUUAUCCUGGUUUGUACUACUUGAAGAAGACAAUCCGGUGGUCAAGAGACCGCCAAGAAAGAUGAACGCCGACACCAUCACAACCGAUCGUCACCGUCGCCACAACAUCCUGCACCAUCCCCAAUCGUAACUGCCCCCUAUUCAUGGUUGUGUAUUCAAGGCCACGAAAUCAAUUUCUCGCAGCAAAUCAAGGGUCACCUGAGGUGUAUAUAUUGGGCAUCUCAUUCUUCAUCUCAUCAUAAGUUCUACGAAAUAUACACUGUCCAGUCCGAUAUUAUUCUUUUGUGAGAGAGAGGCAGAUGUUCAUUAAGUUUGCCCCAAGACGGCUUUCUAGUAGUUUUCCGCUAGCCGUAGUCUAGCUAUUCUAUCCUCGGAGACAGACACCGGUCAACUUUUCACUCUCAACGAUACGGCGGUAAAUCUAUUUUAAGGAGACUAAUUCAGGGGUCGAUUCAGUUUAUGUAUUUCAGUCCAUUUGGUAUUCUGUCUAUGUAACUUGUAAUCUGUAAUUCGAAUUUAUUGUUAAUGAAAUGUGUACUCUGGAAUUCAUCGAUCA